CGGGNGCGGCUUCCCGGGGGCCGCGGCUGCCGGAGCCUCCCGGAGGGCCCCCGCCCCCGCGCCGCGGCGCCGCGACCCCAGCUCUCCGGCCCCGCCGGCCGUGACAAUGGACUAUGACUUUAAAGUGAAGCUGAGCAGCGAGCGGGAGCGGGUCGAGGACCUGUUUGAAUACGAGGGCUGCAAAGUUGGCCGAGGCACUUACGGUCACGUCUACAAAGCCAAGCGGAAGGAUGGGAAAGAUGAUAAAGACUAUGCUUUAAAACAGAUAGAAGGAACCGGGAUCUCUAUGUCGGCAUGUAGAGAAAUAGCACUACUUCGAGAACUUAAGCACCCAAAUGUCAUCUCUCUUCAAAAGGUGUUUCUGUCUCAUGCAGACAGGAAAGUGUGGCUUCUGUUUGACUAUGCCGAACAUGACCUCUGGCAUAUAAUCAAGUUUCACAGAGCUUCUAAAGCAAACAAGAAGCCAGUUCAGUUACCUCGGGGGAUGGUGAAGUCACUAUUGUAUCAGAUUCUAGAUGGGAUCCACUACCUGCAUGCUAACUGGGUGUUGCACAGGGAUUUGAAACCUGCUAAUAUUUUAGUUAUGGGUGAAGGUCCUGAGCGAGGAAGAGUAAAAAUUGCUGAUAUGGGCUUUGCCCGAUUAUUUAAUUCACCUUUGAAGCCUUUAGCAGAUUUGGAUCCAGUAGUAGUUACAUUCUGGUACCGAGCCCCAGAAUUACUUCUUGGAGCAAGACAUUAUACCAAAGCUAUUGAUAUUUGGGCUAUAGGGUGUAUAUUUGCAGAACUACUAACGUCAGAACCAAUAUUUCACUGUCGACAAGAGGACAUCAAAACUAGUAAUCCUUAUCACCAUGACCAGCUGGACAGAAUAUUCAAUGUAAUGGGAUUUCCUGCAGAUAAAGAUUGGGAAGACAUAAAAAAGAUGCCUGAACAUUCAACAUUAAUGAAAGAUUUCAGAAGAAAUACGUAUACCAACUGCAGCCUUAUCAAGUAUAUGGAAAAACAUAAAGUUAAACCAGAUAGUAAAGCAUUCCACUUGCUUCAGAAGUUGCUUACCAUGGACCCAAUAAAGCGAAUUACCUCAGAGCAGGCUAUGCAGGACCCCUAUUUCCUAGAAGACCCGCUUCCUACAUCAGAUGUUUUUGCCGGUUGUCAGAUCCCUUACCCAAAACGAGAAUUUUUAACAGAAGAAGAACCUGAUGACAAAGGAGACAAAAAGAACCAGCAGCAGCAGCCGGGCAAUAACCACACGAAUGGGACCGGCCACCCAGGGAACCAAGACAGCAGUCACACCCAGGGACCCCCGUUGAAGAAAGUGAGAGUCGUCCCUCCUACCACUACCUCAGGUGGACUGAUCAUGACCUCAGACUAUCAGCGUUCCAAUCCGCAUGCUGCCUACCCCAACCCCGGACCAAGCACAUCACAGCCGCAGAGCAGCAUGGGGUACUCAACUACCUCCCAGCAGCCUCCACAGUACUCCCACCAGACACAUCGGUACUGAGCUGCGUCGGACACUGCCCAUGCACUGCCGCUGUGCCGCAGGCCGCCUGCAGCUCUCAGAGGGAGCCUGGGAUGGGCCAUGAGAAUGUACUGUGCAGCCACGUAGUCAGAUGUCCAGUAGCCGAGUUCCACCGCUUUUCACAGAUUGGGGUAGUGGCUUCCACAUUGUUGCUGUCUGGAGUUAGGCUUGAGAGGAAAGUGCUAGCACAGUUUGUGUUGUGGGUUUGCUACUUCCAUAGUUUACUUGACAUGGUUCAGACUGACCAAUGUUUUUUUUUCAGUGACAGUCUGUAGCAGUUGAAGCUGUGAAACGUGCUAGGGGCAAGCAUUUGUCGUCAUAUGUGGUGAAUUCUUCCAGUGUAACAACAUUAUCUGACCAAUAGUACACACACACACAGAGAAGUUUAACUGGUACUUGAAACACGCAGUAUACAUUAACUCAACGAAGUAACCAAGACUCAACGUGAGAUUAUUUCGGUACACCUUUCAUUUCAAUGUCUUAUCAGUGGGUUGAUUAUUUUCUACAUUAAUCAGUGUUCUUUGACCAAGAAUAUUGCUUGGAUUGUUUUGGAAAGUACAAGAAGCCACAUAGUUUUUCCAGGAAAGUUUCAAAACUCCCAAAGAUUAAUUUCCAACUUUUGAGUUUGUUUUUAUUUUCAAUCUAUGACUUGACUGGUAUUAAAGCUGCUAUUGAUAGUAAUUAAAUAUGUUGUCAUUGAUAUAAACCUGUUUGGUUCAGCAAACAAACUAAAAUGAUUGUCAUAGACAGUGUUUUAUUUUUCCUGUUGGUGUUGCUGAUUUGUGAGCAUGCUUUAAGAUGAAAAAAGCAUGAAUGAUAACUUCCUUAAAAAGGUGCGGCAUCCGAUUCAGAUAUUUUGUCCUGAUUUUAAAGCUGGUUGGUGUAGUGCUACUAAAAUUUUGUUCAGUUCAUUCUCUUUUUUUAAAACUUGUUCGCACGUUGUUUAGGGUGCCCUUACUUCAGCAAAGGAGAAGGAGUAGGAGAGCCUUAGAAUUUUUGAGGAAAAAAGAAAACCUAUAACAUACAAUGUACUGUAUCAAACUAUUUUACAUGAAUGACACAAGUAUUCUGAAUUUAAAAAAAUUGAACAUUGUUAAAAACAAGGUGUUAUGUAAUAAAUUUAUUUUUCAUAAAUCAAAA